GUGUCUUUCACACGGCAAUGGAGAACUCGCAAGCAGCACUUCUGACGCUGGGGCUCCUGCUGUUUCUAAAAGGUUGUUCAGCUUUGGAACUAAAACCUGUCACAGACCCUGUAAUCAGCGAGGUUGGAGGCAAUGUACAGCUGCAGAUUAAACCCCCUGGAGUUGUAGCUGCAGUGGCCUGGUUUUUUAGCCCUGCAGUGAUCCCUGUGGCGUCAUGGACUGGAUCAGCCCCAGUCAUAUUCCCGGGAUAUGUGAACAGAGUCACCCUGAACACAGCUACAGGGUCACUGGAGCUCAGAUCAGUGCAGCUCAAUGACACUGGAGUGUAUGCAUUUCAGAGCACUACCGUUGUAUCAGGAACUUUAGAAUCAUUCAAUGGAAAUGUUAACUUGGGAGUCUAUGAGCCAAUAACUAAUGUAAAUGUGAAACCCAGCCUUGCACAACCAAUAGCAAACCAGACUCUAAACCUGACCUGCGAGAUGUUUGGAUCACAGACUAUUUCCUCAAGGCUCUGGCUGAAGGACGGUCAGCCCUUGUCCACAAGUGACAGAAUAACAUUGUCUGUGGACAACAGCACAGUCUCCUUCAAUCCAGUGCUGCAGUCUGAUAAAGGCACAUAUCAGUGUAAAGCUGAGAACCCUGUAAGUGAAGUGACGAGUGCUGGAUACAGAUUGGAGGUCAAUUAUGGACCAGAGCAGGUAUCUAUUACAGGACCAGACUCAGCAGUUCUCAAUUCCUACGUGACAUUCACAUGUUCGACUCAGUCUAUCCCCCCUUGUAAUUACACCUGGUAUUUCAAUGAGACAGAGGCUGCCCAGGGCUCACAAUACAAGAUCGCUUCUGUAAGCAAUGCUGAUAGGGGAAGUUACACCUGUGUAGCAUGCAACUCAGUGACUGGACGAAACAGUUCUGCAGUAAAGGAAUUUAUCGUGAUUGAUAAAGAAGAGCCCACAGGUUCGGGGUCCUUGUCUUCAGGAGAGAUCGCUGGAAUUGUCAUGGGCACACUUGCAGGGGUCACUGCCGUUGCUCUUGGGGUGUAUUUAAGUGUUAAACUAUGCAGGAACAAUCCACAUGAUCUCAAACCUGCUCCAGCUCAAAGCAGUCCAGGUGCUGUCACUUAUGAAAAUUGCAAGGUUCCGAAUGCAUCAGCAGUGUAUGAGAACACCAGUGCUGUCCAGAGAGCAGGCGAAGCAAAAAACCCGGACAGCACAUACACAGGCUUACAGUUUCCUGAUCAGUCCACAUACAGCACCUUGAACAGAGCUUGAUUCAGGAAACAACCCAACAGCAGCACAGCCUGUGACUUGAAGAGUAUUUUUGAAAGUUUUUAUUUUCAAUAUUUUUGUUUUCUGCACC